UGUUUUUCAUAUGCUUGCACAAGAGCCGCAACACGGAAAAAUAGGUCAUUGCAAGGCAUAAAGAACAGACAUAAACAUGAGCAACGGUUACAUGAGAGCAGAGAAAGCUGUGGUUACCGGUUUGCAGACCACUGAUGGUGUCAUAGUUAUCACAGGUCUUGCAGAGCUGGCUCAUGCAGAAUACCAAGCUGGUGACUAUGAAUCGGCCGAACAGCACUGCAUGCAGCUGUGGAGACAGGAACCCGACAACACUGGAGUCCUGCUCCUGCUCAGCUCCAUACACUUCCAGCAGAGAAAACUAGAUAGGUCAGCCUAUUUCAGUCAGCUCGCUAUAAAGCAGAGUCCAACUCUAGCAGAAGCAUAUUCAAACCUGGGCAAUGUGUACAAAGAGAGGGGGCAGCUAUCAGAAGCCCUUGAGAACUACAGACAUGCAGUGCGCUUGAAACCAGACUUCAUAGACGGCUACAUCAACCUGGCCGCUGCUCUGGUGGCAGCUGAUGACAUGGAGCAAGCUGUACAGGCCUAUGUGACAGCACUGCAGUAUAAUCCGGACCUGUACUGUGUGAGGAGUGACCUCGGCAAUCUACUGAAGGCUCUUGGAAGACUGGAUGAGGCCAAGGCUUGCUACCUAAAGGCCAUAGAAACGCAACCUAGCUUUGCUGUGGCCUGGAGUAACUUGGGCUGUGUGUUCAAUGCCCAGGGGGAGAUAUGGCUGGCCAUUCACCACUUUGAGAAGGCUGUAGCAUUGGAUGCCAACUUUCUUGAUGCCUACAUCAACUUGGGGAAUGUGCUCAAAGAAGCUAGAAUAUUUGACAGGGCUGUUGCGUCCUACUUGAGGGCCCUAAAUCUCAGCCCUAACCACGCAGUGGUGCACGGAAACCUGGCCUGUGUUUAUUAUGAGCAAGGGUUGAUCGAUCUUGCAAUUGACACCUACAAACGUGCCAUAGAGUUACAGCCCAAUUUUCCGGACGCCUAUUGCAAUCUGGCAAAUGCACUAAAGGAAAAGGGGAAAGUGAGGAAAGCUGAGGACUGCUACAACACAGCCCUUACGCUGGCCCCUAAUCACUCGGACUCCCUGAACAACCUGGCCAACAUUAAGAGGGAGCAGGGCAACACUGAGGAGGCAGUGAGACUCUACCUGAAGGCUCUUGAUGUGUUCCCAGAGUUUGCUGUGGCCCACUCCAACCUGGCCAGUGUGCUGCAGCAGCAGGGAAAACUGCACGAGGCUCUCCUGCAUUACAAAGAGGCCAUAAGGAUAAACCCGACAUUUGCUGAUGCAUAUUCCAACAUGGGUAACACCCUGAAGGAAAUGCAAGAUGUACAGGGGGCCAUGCAGUGUUACACCCGCGCCAUACAGAUCAAUCCUGCCUUCGCUGACGCUCACAGCAAUCUGGCCUCCAUACACAAGGACUCUGGUAACAUCCCUGAAGCCAUCCAGUCAUAUAGAACUGCUCUGAAGUUGAAACCAGAGUUUCCUGACGCUUAUUGUAACCUGUCACAUUGUCUACAGAUUGUGUGUGACUGGACUGAUUACGGCGAGAGGAUGAAGAAGCUGGUACAUAUUGUUGACGAUCAACUUGAGAAGAACAGACUGCCCUCUGUGCACCCUCACCACAGCAUGCUGUAUCCGCUCAAGCACGACAUGAGACGAGAAAUUGCAGCAAAACAUGCGAACCUGUGUCUGGAUAAGAUCAACAUUCUCCACAAGCCCCCAUAUGAUCACCCCAAGGACCUGUCAGCCAGUGGAGGUAGACUGCGUAUAGGCUAUGUGAGCUCAGACUUUGGUAACCACCCCACGUCACACCUUAUGCAGAGUGUUCCCGGCAUGCAUGACAAGGACUCUGUGGAGAUUUUCUGUUACUCUUUGAGUGCCGAUGAUGGAACAUCAUUCAGAAAUAAAAUAGCCACAGAAGCAGAGCAUUUUAUAGAUUUGUCACAGAUUCCCUGCAAUGGCAAGGCGGCUGACCGUAUUAAUGCUGACGGUAUCCACAUCCUGGUCAACAUGAACGGCUACACCAAGGGGGCCAGGAAUGAACUGUUUGCACUUAAGGCAGCUCCCAUACAGGCCAUGUGGCUGGGCUAUCCAGGAACCAGUGGGGCCCCAUUCAUGGACUUCAUCAUCACUGACAGCUUCACCUCACCCUUGCAGUUUGAGGAGCAAUACUCCGAGAAAUUGGCAUACAUGCCGGACACAUUCUUCAUUGGAGACCACAUGAACAUGUUUCCCCACAUGCUGGAGAAGGUCAUGGUACAGACAGAGGAGGGAGAGGCAUUCUCUGACAACUGCAUUGUCCUCAACGGCAUCAAACUAGACUCCAUUAAAGGUCUCACAACAGUCAAACAUGUGACUGUAGAGUGUGCAUCAGGGGAGACCACUGAUGAUGGUGACAAUCAGCCAGGAACUGUAACCUAUGAGACUGUUCUGCUCCAAGUACGGCCCGUCUUGACUCAGAUGAUCUCGACUGGCCUGUCUCAUGCCUCCGUCAACAAUGUGCUUAUACAGAAUGGUGUCACAACUACACAGACUAAUAACAAGUCCGCCACGGGGGAGGAAAUCCAGCACAACAUCAUGAUCAGUGCCCGAUGUCAGUACAAUCUGCCAGAAGACGCGGUGGUGUACUGCAACUUUAACCAGCUCUAUAAGAUUGACCCAGACACGUUGAGCAUGUGGUUUGAAGUUCUCCUGAACGUACCAAACAGUGUGCUGUGGUUGCUUAGAUUUCCAGCAGUCGGGGAGCCCAAUGUGAUACAGAGUGCAAAGCAUGCGGGCCUGGAUAGCAGUCGGAUUGUCUUCUCACCUGUUGCACCCAAGGAGGAGCAUGUACGACGUGGUCAGCUGGCGGACGUGUGCCUGGACACGCCACUGUGUAACGGACACACCACGGGCAUGGAUGUGCUGUGGGCGGGGACUCCCAUGGUCACCUACCCCGAGGAGACGUUGGCCUCUAGGGUGGCCUCCUCUCAGCUGUUGGCUCUCGGCUGCCCUGAGCUGGUUGCCAAGGACAGGGAAGACUACAUCAGGAUUGCUGUGAAGCUGGGCAACGAUAAGAAGUAUCUGAGCGCCAUGAGAGCUAAGGUCUGGAAGGCUAGACUCACAAGCCCAUUGUUCAACUGCAAGACCUACACUCAAAACCUAGAAAGAGUAUUCUGGAAGAUGUGGAAGCAGAGAGUGGCAGGGAACUCACCACAGCACAUAUCACUGCAGGAUUAGUUUGGGGGUGGAGAUUAUCAAAACUGUUGAAAAAAGGCUGAUACGAAUAUAGCUUUGUUUGCCAUCAGGCAAUAUGCAGGUCCCUGGGUUGGAAAUGCAGACUGGAUCGUUUUCACGUUCUUUUCCAAGAGUUUAAGUACUGGUUUACCCUUGGUUUAAACUUGAGUUUGUCUCCAUAAGCCUUUUACUGUAGAUGCAACUCAGUAAAAGUAAAUAGAUUAUAGACAAAAGGGUUUUACUUGUCCAUUGAUGCAACUCAGUAAAAGUAAAUAGAUUAUAGAGAAAAACUGUUUACUUGUCCAUUGAUGCAACUCAGUAAAAGUAAAUAGAUAAUAGAGAAAAACUGUUUACUUGUCCAUUAAUGCAACUUAGUAAACAUAAAUAGAUUAUAGAGAAAAACUGUUUUCUUGUCCAUUGAAAAAAUAUCAUGCACUGAUGUACUGGUUGGCAUUAUAAUGAAGGUUUUUAUUAAAUGAUAAAUUUUACCAAUAUUUGUUGGUAUAUUAUGAUUAUAAAUCUCCCAACGUGUGCAUGUUUUUCGACACGUUCUUCAUAGAAAAGUAGGAAGCAGACAUUAACUUGUAUAGUAUAAAAUAACUCACCCUGGCCAAGGUAGUAAUUAUUUUCACAUCACUGGUUCUGUGGACUGUUCUCUUUAAUAAUUAUUUGCAAUUUACAUGAAAUAUGCAUGCGUAAUAAAAGUAAGUUAUUUUCCCAGAUAUCUAGUUCUCACGCUGUUUAUUCUUUUAGGUCUUACAAACUUGCUAUAAACAUUAAAUGUUCUCUGAAUGCCAUACAGGUUAUUUAUUUCAUGCAAAGUGUGUGUUUAUAUUUGUUUAUUUUAUACAUGCGCUUUCAAAAUGAACUAAAAAAAAUUAUAGUGCCAUUAGCACAUUCAAAUGCAAUGUGUUUUUACAAAGCUUUUUUUGUCCCCUACCGGUUUCACCGGAGGGGACUUAUGGUUUGCGCUCUGUCUCUCUGUCUGUCAGUCAGUCACACUUUUCUGGAUCCUACGAUAACUUUAAAAGUUCUUAAUAUUUUUCAUGAAACAUGGAUAGAUGGCAAUAUGGAAAUUAUGCACGUCAUUUCAUUUUGUUCCUACGUCAAAAAUUCUGGUUGCUAUGGCAACAAAUAGACUAGAAAUACUGCUGAAAAUGGUGGUUUUCUGGAUCCUGCGAUAACUUUAAAAGUUCUUAAUAUUUUUUCAUGAAACUUGAAACAUGGAUAGAUGGCAAUAUGGACAUUAUGCACGUCAUUUCAUUUUGUUCCGUCAAAAAUUCUGGUUGCUAUGGCAACAAAUAAAAAAAAUCUGACAAUGGUGGAAUUUCUGACAAUGGUGGAGCCGGUAGGGGACUAUAUUGCUUGGCAAUAGUCUUGUUUAAUCAUGAUAUUUAAUUGUCAACAUAAAAACUGUUCUAGUAUUCACUAUUUGUGCAUGUCCCUUGUUAGAUGAUUGUUCAGGCAUUUGGUGUUUUAUCAAACUUCCUUUAAUGAUAUCACAUGCAACAUUGGAUUUUCAUAGGUCAUUGGUUGGUUUUAUGUAUAUAUUUGUUCAUCAUCAUCUUGUUUAUGUUACCUUUUAAAUGCAAUAUUUACUGUAUCAGCAUUUUUAGCUCACCUGAGCACAACGUGCUCAUAGUGAGCUUUUGUGAUCGCCUUUUGUCCAUCGUCCGUCGUGCGUAGUGCGGCGUCAACAUUUGACUUGUAAACUCUCAAGAGGCCACAUUUAUUGUCCAAUCUUCAUGAAAUUUGGUCAGAAGAUUGGUCUCAAUGAUAUCUUGGAUGAGUUCGAAAAUGGUUACGUUUGCUUGAAAAACAUGGCUGCCAAGGGGCUGGGCAUUUUUCCUUAUAUGGCUAUAUAUGGCUAUAGAAAAAUCUUGUUAACACUCUAGAGGCCACAUUUAUUGUCUGAUCCUCAUGAAACUUGGUCAGAAGAUUUAUCCCAAUAAUAUCUUGGAGGAGUUCGAAACUGAUGCUGGUUGGUUGAAAAACAUGGCCGCCAGGGGGCAGGGCAUUUAUCCUUAUAUGGCUAUAGUAAAACCUUGUUAACACUCUAGAGGCCACAUUUAUUUUCCAAUCUUCAUGAAACUUGCUCAGAAGAUUUGUCCCACUGAUAUCUUGGAUGAGUUCAAAAAUGGUAACCUUUGCUUGAAAAACAUGGCUGCCUAGGGGCGGGGAAUUUUUCCUUAAAUGGCUAUAUAUGGCUAUAGUAAACUUUUGUCAACACUCUAGAGGUCACAUUUAUUGUCCAAUCUUCAUGAAACUUGGUCAGAAGAUUCAUCCCAAUAAUAUCUUGGACGAGUUCGAAAAUGAUUCCGGUUGGUUGAAAAACAUGGCCGCCAAGGGGCUGGGCAUUUUUCCUUAUAUGGCUAUAGUAAAACCUUGUUAACACUCUAGAGUGUUUUGUCCAAUCUUGAUGAAAUAUGGUCAGAAGAUUUGUCUAAUGAUAUCUUGGAUGAGUUCGAAAAUGGUUAUGUUUGCUUGAAAAACAAGGCCGCCAAGGGGCGGGGCAUUUUUCCUUAUAUGGCUAUAUAAGGCUAUAGUUAAAUCUUGUUAACACUCUAGAGGCCACAUUUAUAGUCCGAUCUUCAUGAAACUUGGUUAGAAGAUUCAUCCCAAUAAUAUCUUGGAAGAGUUAAAAAAUGAUGCUGGUUGGUUGAAAAACAUGGCCACCACGGGGUGGGGCUAUUUUCCUUAUAUGGCUAUAGUAAAACCUUGUUAACACUGUAGAGGUCACCUUUAUUUUCCAAUUAUCAUGAAACUUGGUCAGAAGAUUUGUCCCAAUGAUAUCUUGGAUGAGUAAGAAAAUAGUUUUGGUUGCUUUAAAAACAUGGCCACCAGGGGCGGGGCAUUUUUUCUUAUAUGGCUAUAUAUGGCUAAAGUAAAACCUUGUUAACACUCUAGAGGCCACAUUUAUUGUCCAAUCCUAACGAAAUUUGGUCAGAAGAUUAGUCUCAAUGAUAUUUUAGAUGAGCUCGAAAAUAAUUAUGUUUGCUUGAAAAAAAUGGCUUCCAAGGGGGGGAGCAUUUUUCCUUAUAUGGCUAUAGUAAAAUCUUGUUAACUCUCUUGAGGCCACAUUUACUGUCUGAUCAUCAUGAAAUUUGGUCAGAAGAUUCAUCCGGAAUAUAUCUUGGAAGAGUUCAAAAAUGAUACCAGUUGGUUGAAAAACAUGGCUGCCAGGGGGCGGGGCAUUUUUUUUCUUAUAUGGCUAUAGUAAAACCUUGUUAACACUCUAGAGGCCACAUUUAUUUUCCGAUCUUCGUGAAACUUGGUCAGAAGAUUCAUCCCAAUAAUAUCAUGUUAUCUCAGGUGAGCAACUUUGGGCCUUUCAGGCCCUCGUUUGUAGGUUUUGACCUAGCUACCUUAUCGUACCCAUGCCUUACCAUGAUUGAAUAUUUUGUUGUUAAGAGCACUAUUAAAAGUCUGUAAAUUUACCGAGCAAGAUGUGUUUUCUGUAGAUAUUCCAUAAGGUGUAAUCAAAAUUGAAGUAAUGUAUGUCAUGACCUGUGCAAGCUAAAAUGUGCAUUAUGCCAAAAGCUGCCAGCAUAGCACAUAUGGUAGUCUGGUCAGAGGCUACCCUGUCUGCUUAUCAGACCAUAUGAGUCGCGUUCUGAGAAAACUGGGCAUAAUGCAGUCCUGACAGGCUAAUCAGGGACAACACUUUUCGAUUUUAUGGUAUUUUUAGUUUCAAGGAAGUCCCUCCUUACCGAAAAUCAAGUUUAGGCGGAAAGUGUCGUCCCUGAUUAGCCUGUGCGGACUGCACAGGCUAAUCUGGGACGACACUACGCAAAUGCAUUAUUCCCAGUUUUUUCAGAACAAUUGUAUAACUUUUCAGGACUUAAUAGCUGACAAGGUAGCUCCUGACAAGGUUGUGUAAUGAGCAUGCUAGUUAAGUUUGCUGCAUAUUGCAUUUGACAAUUUUUCGCAUGAUGGGGUUCACAUUGUAUAAAGCACGGUACAUUUUGUACCCUGUUUACUUAUGUUUAGUUGCGGCAACAAAAGCAGUCUUUUAUUGGCAUACACUGUACUACAAAUAUAUGGGUGUGUAUGUAUGAAAUGAAAAUGGCAUACAAUAUCUGUGUGAAUAGCAAAUUAUUCAUGUUCAUGUGAACAUUGUUUUCAUUUAUUUGCUGCUUGAACCAAAUAGAAAACAUUAAUUAAAUUGUUAAUUAUCGGUCUCUGCAUUUAAAAAUCAAUUUCCAUUUGUCAUUAAUAAUAAAUAUUUUUCCUCUUAAUUGAGUAUCAAAUAUAAUGCAAACAGAAAAAAAUAAAUGGAUACAUGAAUGUUUCAAACACGUUUUGCACAUUAUUACAAAACAUCUCUUUACUUUUGCUUAUCAUUUUACACGUACGGAAUUAUUUUAAAGUUACAAGGAGCAUUUUAUUUUUCUUUGUAUCUUGUAUGAAUGUAAUAGCUUUUAGUGUUAUUUUGUGUCAUUGUUGGUUCCAAUGUGGUAGAAACAUGAUGAGGCACAUGGUAGCUGUUUGUUGUUACAGUGUGUUAUUUAUUAUUUUAUAUUAUUUCCAUUACAAUGAUAUUGCGACAUGACAUGGGAUGAUUCUAUGUUAGUGUUUUAAAAACACUUGUUAUAGUCUCUUGAUUGUUUUAUAUAUAUAUAUAUAUAUUGAAAUUGAAGAAUAAAUGUAUUGUUGCUUUCAA